GCCAAUGCAUUACAUCUUUCAAUUGAAGACCUAGCCUUAUACUCAGCUGUUAAAAUACCAGACGAAAAUGGGUUGUCUUCAUUUUCACUCUUAAUUAGUAUUGUAUUGUUACUAUUUCUAUUUAAUUAUUGAUGCUUUAAAGAAAUCUUUGAAAAAAUGUAUACGACAACGACACCACCAAAAACCAAUCCCCAGGAUAUGCCUCCAAAAGGCGGUUACGAACCAUUGACUUGGAAACGUCAAAAAUUGAAAACAUUUUUUACAGUCAAGAAAACUCUUGGCCUCUAUGUGAUUUCAACCAUCGCUGGUAGCAUUGGCUAUUUUUAUGCUAUGAGAGAUGUCAAAAGAGAAGAAAUUGAAAUGCGAAGUGCUAGACAAGCCAUGUUACCGAUGCUGAUAGCAGAAAGAGACAGAGCAUUCUUGAAACAACUCAAUAUCAAUAGAGAAGAAGAAAGAGAGUUAAUGAAGAAUGAUCCUGAAUGGGAAGUUGGAACGUACUACAGAGAACCAGUUUACAUAACUGUGGAUAACCAAUUUCAUGAACCAAGAUACCAAGAGUUCAUGGGUCAUGCUGAAUACUUUGAUGUUACCUAUAGAAUGCUUCGUCGACACUUCAUGUCAUAAUUCAGUACAUAAUGGCAAUGAAUUUGUUUGUGUUUUAUAGAUAGUUUAAAAGUAUAUUCAAUAAAUUAAGGAUAAACUUUAUGUUAGUAAAUUUAAAAA